AGCACUCUGGCUGGGGCGGGCGGGCGCGCCAUCGCACCCAUCGCUGGCGGCGAUGGCGUUCGGCGACGACGAGGACGUUACCGGGAGGCGAGGGUCCACCCUCUCCGGCGGCGCGCCGGUGCGCAUGAGAUCUGCGCGCUUCGUCUCGGAGGAUGACGGCGAGCUGGAUGCGAAAGCCCGCAGCCGCGGCGGGCGGACGCGGACGCACCUGAUGUCCGAGGCCUUGGGCGAGAACGAGGAGCUCCACCUGCGGAUCAGCUUGCUGGAGGAGCAGCUGGUGGAGGAGAAGGAGAAGAACCAGGAGCUGAAGGGCGCGCAGGACGGCGAGAGGGCCGCCCUGGAGGCCGAGGUCACCCGGCUGCGGGAGCUGUACGAGCCGAAGGAGAAACUCCAGGGCAAGCAGAAGCAGGCGGCCAUGAGCGCGAUCGACCAGAUGUCGCACGACGCGAAGAUGCGCGAGCUCCACAACCGCAUCGACGAGCUCCACCAGGAGAACGACGCGCUGAAGCACGACCUCCAAGACGCCAGGGCGAAGAAGACGACGGCGGAGGAAGAGCUUGACGAGCUCAAGCGGGACAACAAGAAAUUCAAGGAUCAGAUCAAGAUCUCGAAGGUGGAGCGCGACAAGCUCACAACCGACAGCAAACAGCUGGAGACGAGGCCUCUGCAGGGGUGCCGCGGAGGAGGCUCA